AUGUGCCCCUUCACUUCGUUGCCUUCUGGUGAGGGUCCAGCUCGCUUCUCCCCCAGCGCUGUCAAGGACUGGCAGCCCAGGCGAAAGUCUGUCUCGAACGCUUGUGAGCGAUGUCGACGGAGGAAGAUUCGAUGCGACGGCGAGACGCCCUGCUCGACGUGUAAACGUUUUGCAAUACAAUGCGUGAGAACACAGAAACCAAAAGAAGUUGUGGCAUCCGAACAUCGUGAAGCAUUAGAAGGACGAAUACACCAGCUCGAAGCACAGUUGGCCAGACACGUUAAUGCGCCCAUGCAUGGUAUGGAAUCCAUCGACCAGAACCUCAUGGCCGGCACGCCAACAUCCUUCGACUGGCAAGCGACGCCUUCGCACCUCAACCUCGACACCACAAUACCCGCCACAUUCACCGCCGAUGACUUGGAUAUGGGUUCUUUCUCAGCCAGAAGCGGGAGCAUGCCUUCCAUCGCCAUAGAUGAAUGUGAGCCUUUCCCCAACUUCUCCACGCCGUCUUCACCAGUACCUUCAUUAUGGUUAGGUACCACGCGUGCCUCGUCACCCGAUUCGAUGCCACCUGGAUCCGCACUACCGCAGUUCGGAACGGCAUACCCACCCAUGAGCAAACCCAUGCCAUCGUCGAUCGAACCGCACACGGCGCCAUCUUGGGAGUUCAUGGCUCAAGCAAGCUCCAGUCAGUUACAACCAGGUACUAGCAGUCGAGGUCAUUCUCGGAAGACUUCAACCUCUUCCCUGUCUCAGGCUAGUAAUGAGCAGGCCAUGUCGCCAAUUCCUGAAGUCGAGGAUGACAUCCUCCCUCUGGCUCCAGCACCACGACUACCCCGUCAAGGCAUAUUCGCUGCUCGUCAUACGGAGAGUCCUGGCCCAGGCUCUUCCCGAUCAAGUUUCACCGACCGCAGUCGUGCUCUGGCAACCACUCCACUUCCCAGUCGCUUCGAAGCAGAGACCUUGACAACGGAGUUCGUCCAACAUCUCGAGUCCCUGGACUAUAGAGCUUACUCCAUCACCCCCUCACUCUUCUCUCGGUUCUGCGAAUCUGUUUACCCCAACUCUCAGCGACCUGCUGUCGAAAUCUCUGCCUCCAUGCCAAUGGCACGCUUCCAUGUCUUCCUAGCAAUGGCCAUUGCGAUGAAGGUGAGGAUCAAGGAUGCGCCAGAAAAUACAAACGCGCUCCUUGAUACUUGCUACGAGCUUGCCAUGCAGCAAGCUUGUUCUUCCACAUUCUGGCAAGAGACAGGUGGGAUGGAAGCAGCUCAACUGUUGGCACUUUUUGCCUCGCUUCGCAAACCUGCUAGCGAAGAGCCGCGCGGUCUUCAGCACUCCUUCUCUUGGUGA